AUAGUGGAUUGUUCAUACAAAAGAAUUAACGUAAUUAACUCUUCGUGGUUUGAAUCAAAUGCUACAAGCCUUCUUCUGGACUUUAAUUUAAUUUCUGUCUUAACUAACGGAACAUUCUCCCAACUUCACCGUCUUCGUACCUUGAGCAUAUCGUUCAACAAAUUAGUCAGAGUCUAUGAUGGCGCCUUUAUGGGAUUGGAAAGUUUGGAAAUUCUUAACUUAGAACAUAAUGAUCUUAUUCCAAAAAAAGGUUUUCCAUUGAAUAUCUUCUCAUCGUUACUGAAUCUGACAUCUCUUCUGCUCGUCCAGGAACAAAGUCUUCGAAACGCGAGCUUUCCCGACGUGAGACGCUUGACCAAUCUGACCAAACUCUCGCUCGACACCGUCGAUGUAGUAGUGUCAAUGGGUGAAGAGUUUAAAGAGCUAAAGGUGCUUUCCAGCUUGACCUUGUCUGGCUCUGCGAAGAUCAUCGGCAAUCACAGUUUCAUCAAUGUUCCUCAUCUUCGAGAACUGAGGCUUAUAGAGUUGGAUCAGUUGACAGAAUUAGACACGCAAGCCUUAGUCCAUCUGAAACAUUUGAACAGGCUCGAGAUAAACUCAAGCCCCGUCGGAGUGAAGAAGACAAUGCGAGCACUGGAACCUCUCCAGAAGACAAACAUGGCCGUGAUCUUUUUCAGGCAGUUAUUUUCAACAAGCAGAAAUCAAGCUCCGGAUAUGAUCAGCCAGAAUGGGAUUCUGGACAGAAACAAAACAAAACAUCUACUAGACAUUUGCGUCAGGGAAUUCACGCUUACAGACUCACAUAUUUACGUCAUAACGUUUGACGCUUUGGUGAGUGAAACUUGGCAGCGAUGUUUGAAGUUCAUUGACUUGUCUGAAAAUCCUUUAAAAGGAACGGUUAUGGCAUUCGCUAGACUCCUGACCAUGAGGAAUUUAGAAGUGAUUUUUGUACGUAACUGUCUCCGGUCCAGCGGGAAAAACACCCUGAUUCCAGAUAAGUUAACCGCAGCACGGAGUCAAUCUCAAGUAAACGAGUGCAGAUCUGAAAGCUCCAAGAUAAAUCACAGCGAGGCUGGCAACAAUCGCGUUCAACGCGUCUUAUUCGGCCCGGACCAUUCGUCCGGUAUAUUUGUGUAUGUGUCAGACUCUUUGCACUUCAUCGACAUUAGCAACUGCAUCACUAGUGGAAAACUUGACAUCUCAGUGACGUUUCGUGGGGCACAAAACUUAUUUUUUUUGGAUCUCUCUGACAAUGGAUUUGAAAGAUUUACAGGGGCUGUAAGUGGAUUUUAUGGAUUCAAAACAUUUCUAUUGACUGGGAAUGAUUUGGAAAAAUUGUCCUCAACAUUCUUUGAUACAUGCCAAAGUCUGGAGUAUGUAGACUUGACCAACACGAACUUAAAUCCGGAUUUUUUUUGUUCCAGCAGUGAAAGGCUGUUCCAGAAGCUGACAAAGCUCAAGAAACUGAGCCUGGAUGGAAACUCCUUGACGUUACUGUCACCUAACACGUUCUCUUCCAACCGCCAAAUCACUCAUCUUCUUCUAGCCGGGAACCGUUUCAAUCACGUUCCUUUCAACCUCAAAAACACACCCGAACUUCAAGUUCUAGACCUCCAAAACAACGCCAUAGUCUCCCUUGACCAGGAGACGACAGGAAACCUUGACCAGUUGGCGGUAGAUUCAGACGGAUUUCAGCUCAAGCUGGGUGGAAAUGUUAUGUUGUGCGUCUGCGAAAGUUUCCAUUAUCUAUAUUGGCUGGGGCACACCAGCGUUAUUCUCGACCGUGAUGGGAACUACAGCUGCAUCAACAAUGAUAGGGUUUUAUCCCACACGAAGGCGUUCGCUGAUCCCAUUGCAAUGUGGCGGCAGUGUUCGGGUCAGUUCUAUUUCAGCGUGUCCAUUUUCCUCUUCUGCACAUUGAUCAUCGGAUUUUUGACCACAUUGGUCAUCACCAGAAACAAAACUUUCAUCCUCUCAAGCUUGCUCCAGAUGUUCACCAAAUUCAAGGUUCUCAAAUCAAAAGAUUACAAGAUCGGGGUGUUCAUUGGAUACGCUGACCGCGAUUACGUUUUCGCUUGCACCGAUUUGCGACAAUAUAUUGAAAACACAUUGGUCUUAACAACUUACCUUCAAGACCGUGACCUCCUGCCGACAUUCGACAUGGCCCAAGGGAUCGUGGAAGCCAUCAACUCAAGUUGGAGGAUCCUUUUAGUGGUCAACAGAACGUUUCUCAACGAUGACCACUGGUCAUUAUUUACCAUGAAGUCGGCUGUUUACGCCUUGACCCCGACAAACCCUGACCGGGUAGUUGUUCUGGUGGACAGGCAAUUACUGUCGAGCCUCCCUGCUGAUCUUCUGAGCUCUGUGCCCGAGGAUAACAUCAUCACUGUGUCCAGGUGGGAGAUGACGUAUAGACUGAGAGAGAUGUUAAGGACACGGCUCCUGUAAGAGUUAACUACGAUUGUUACCAGAACAAACUUCUAUAAGGUUUAUUUUAUAAAUCUGUAAAAACACUUGACCAAUAUAAUAUCGUGACUACUGCAAGAGUUAAAAAACACCAACAAUUGGUUAAAUGUUUUAAUUAAUUAUAGUUGAAGUCGUAUAAGUUUUUGUUCUAUAACAAUCGCACGCAG